AUGGCAAUGGGGCUUCGAAAGAUGUUAUUUGGAAACACAUUCCAUAUCUUCAGCUAUGAAUGGAAAAAAUCAUAUUUCAAGUUCCACGCUCCAUAUUCUGAUCUAUUCUAUGCUUUGGAGGCAGAAAAGUUCAAAGAUGAAGGAAGCCACGGCGUGAUCUUAUUUCUAUAUAGCUUGCUUUUCUCUAGGACAUUGGAAAGACUCCAAAAAGACCUAGACUUCACAACAUCUCAUCUGUUACAACUCAGUCUUGGAAACUUCAUCUGUAGACAGGCAAUUCUCAACAUCAUUUUAACAGGCAGAGCAAGUCCACAUGUGUUUAAUGUGUUCCAGAAAUUUGACAGUGAAGAUGGAGUGCAAGAACUAUUGCAUGGAGUCCUGGCCCGCAGUGAUGUGGGCUAUUUACACUGGAACAAGGAGGAAGUGGAGCAUUACAGACCCCGCCAGGUUGGAAGCAUGCUGAAGACUCCUAAAUUACCCAUCUGGCUGUGCAACAUCAAUGGAACAUACAGUGUUCUUUUCAGCACAAACAGGCUGCUCUUAUCUGACUGGAAAAUGGAACACAUCUUUGAUCUCUACUUAUAUAAUGGGCAGCCAUCACAGAAGAAAACAGUACAUCUAACAACACUCAUUCUCAUCAUUGGGAAAAGAAUCACUGUGAAGAAAGUGAUCCAGAAAAGAAAUUUCCUUUUGUAG